CCUGCCGGGUCCCCCGGCCCCGAGGGGCGACAGGGCGAAAAGGGAGCCAAGGGUGAAGCUGGUCCCGUGGGGGCUCCAGGCAAGACGGGCCCAGUGGGACCUCAGGGUCUUGCUGGGAAACCAGGACCUGAUGGACUUCGGGGUCUGCCCGGCUCUGUGGGGGAACAAGGCAAACCAGGGACCCCGGGCCAGGCUGGGCCACCAGGACCACUGGGUCCACCGGGGCUUCCUGGCCUCAAAGGUGACACUGGGGCCAAAGGAGAGAAGGGCCACCCUGGUCUCAUUGGCCUCAUCGGACCCUCAGGGGAACAAGGGGACAAAGGGGACAGGGGCCUCCCUGGUCCCCAGGGCUCCACAGGACAGAAAGGAGAAACGGGGAUCCCUGGUGCGACAGGACCCAUCGGCCCCACUGGCCCCCCUGGACUUCCCGGCCCGGCUGGUCCCAAAGGUGCCAAGGGAGCCAUGGGUCAAGCAGGACCCAAAGGUGAACGUGGACCCCCAGGACCUCCUGGACACCCGGGUCCCCCGGGGGAGGUGAUCCAGCCCCUGCCCAUCCAGCUGCCCAAGAAGAGCAAACGCUCCAUCGAUGGCAGCAAGAUGGUGGAGGAGGAGGAGGACGAAGGGGCCAAGGAGAAGAUGGCCAGGGAGCAGGGGGGUGACCAUGGCGUGGAGGAGGAGAUCUUGGGGUCCCUCAGCUCCCUCAAGCAGGAGAUCGAGGGGCUGAGGUGGCCCAAGGGAACUCGGGACCACCCAGCCAGGACCUGCCAGGACCUGCAGCUCAGUCACCCCGGGCUGUCCGAUGGCCAGUACUGGGUGGACCCCAACCAGGGCUGUGCUCGAGACGCCUUCAAGGUCUUCUGCAACUUCACAGCGGGUGGGGAGACCUGUGUCUACCCCAGCAGGGACCUCCAGGAGUUCUCCUACAUGGACUCUGAGGGCCAACCCCUGGGUGUGGUGCAGUUGACCUUCCUGCGGCUCCUCAGCGUCUCUGCCCACCAGAGCUUCACCUUCCAGUGCCACCAGUCGGAGGCCACAUCCCCUGGGGACCUCCAGAGGUCCCUCCGCUUCCUGACGGCCAAUGAGGAAGAGCUGAGCUACCACACCAGCCCCUUCAUCAAGGCUGUGGUGGAUGGUUGUGGGGUACCACAGGGUCCCGGCCAGACGGUGCUGGAGGUGACCACCCCCCACCCAGAGCAGCUCCCACUGCUGGAUGUGACCGUCCCCAACUUGGGCCACAGCUUUGGGGUGGGCCCCGUCUGCUUCCUGGGCUAA